CAGUGGCGUCAGAGUAGGAAACGUGUGAUAUUCCUGCAGUUUUAUGAAUCAGUGCAUUGUGCAGGUAUGAGGUCCCCCCAGGUGGCACCUCUUCUUCUAUCCCUGCUCCUGGCAGCAGGAACUGAUGUCACGGGGGAAGAGGUGGACAGGAAGCCCAACAUUAUCCUGAUGAUGGUGGACGACCUGGGUAUCGGUGAUAUAGGGUGCUAUGGUAAUGAUACCAUCAGGACUCCUAACAUAGACAGACUGGCUUCAGAAGGGGUGAAGCUGACUCAGCACAUUGCAGCUGCUCCUCUCUGCACUCCAAGCCGGGCUGCUUUCAUGACAGGGCGUUAUGCACUCCGAUCAGGAAUGGGGAGCAUGGGCCGUGUGCAGGUGCUGCUUUUUCUUGGAGGUUCGGGGGGCCUUCCAGCAAGUGAGAACACCUUCGCUAAGAGGCUACAGCAACAAGGAUACACCACUGGCCUCGUGGGUAAGUGGCACUUGGGUGUGAACUGUGAACACAGGGGGGAUCACUGUCAUCACCCGAACCAGCACGGUUUCAGCUACUUCUACGGCCUGCCAUUUACCCUGUUCAAUGACUGUGUGCCUGGAGAGGGCAGUGAUAUCCUGGCAGACCUCCAGCACACACUCCGAAAUCUCACCAUCAUUCUUGGAGUUGGACUUUUCACAUUGGUUUGUGUCCAUGUGUGUGGCCUCCUUGAAGUCAGCCUGUGGCUCCUGGUAGCACUUUUCUUUCUCAGUAUCCUAGCAACGGCUGUGUGGUAUGUGCCCUUUAAACUCCUGCCAACCUGGAACUGCAUCAUCAUGAGGAACCAAGAAGUGGUCGAACAGCCAAUGGUGGUGGAGACUCUGCCCCAGAGGUUGCUGGGAGAAGCACAAAAUUUUAUUAAGAGGAAUGUUGAUCAUCCAUUCCUCCUCUUCUUCUCAUUGGCCCACAUCCACACUCCGCUCUUCAAAACCCCUGCCUUUGCUGGCAAAAGUCGCCAUGGUCGCUACGGUGACAACCUAGAAGAAGUGGACUGGAUCAUUGGUAAACUGACAGAGACGGUGGACUCCCUCGGCCUAGCCAACAAUACUCUGAUAUACUUUACAUCAGACCAUGGUGGACACCUAGAGGAUGCUGACUCGAUAAUUGGCCAGAAAGGAGGCUGGAACAGCAUCUAUAAAGGUGGGAAGGCUAUGGGGGGCUGGGAGGGCGGGAUAAGAGUGCCUGGUAUUUUCCGCUGGCCUGGCAGACUGGCACCUGGGAGAGUAGUAGAUGAACCCACCAGUCUUAUGGACCUGUACCCCACACUGAAGUAUUUAGGCAAGGACACACUACCAGACAGACAUUUAGAUGGCUAUAACCUCAUGCCGCUGCUGGAGGGGACAGUAGAACGAUCAGAGCAUGAGUUCAUGUUCCACUACUGUGGUGUCUACCUGAAUGCAGUUCGCUGGCACCCACCUGGCAGUGACUCUGUCUUCAAGGUGCACUUUUUCACUCCCAACUUUUCUCCCCCGGGAGCUGGUGGAUGCUAUGACACUAAGGUCUGUCUGUGUCACGGGGAAUAUGUAACGCACCACAAUCCGCCGCUGGUCUAUGACAUUUUCCACGACCCCUCAGAGUCCCGCCCACUGACCCCUGAUACUGAGCCGCGAUUUGCUGAAAUCCUUGAACAGACUGCCAAAGCUGUGGAAAGGCAUCAAAGUACCCUCACAAACAAACAGGUGUCUGAUGGUACUCCUCCACAAGCCAACACAGACGCACCCAGCGUUCAAAGCCAGAUGACGUGGGAGAAGAUUCUGUGGAGACCCUGGCUUCAGCCCUGCUGUGGGACCUUCCCAUUCUGUGGCUGUAAAGAGGAGGCACCACACAUUUAGGAGAAAAAUACGCCUCAACAGUUUGAUCUUGGUGAAGCUCCUCUGGAAUCUACAGCAAGGUUGCCAAAUAAGAUAAUACUGUACUUUUUAUCAUUCAGGGUGCAUUCAGGUGCUUUCACCAUUCCAAGUACUCAGAGUGUUUCAAAGCUGUGAGAUGAACUACAGAUUUGGUGUAAAAGCUGUCCUAGCAGACAUUUUUGGAUAUCCAAAUAGAAAUGACUUGUUCUUGUUUUUGGGUAGACUAGGCAGAGCUUAGUGCAUUGCUGCCUCCUACUGGUGCUUCAAUAUCAUCGCUCCUUUUGCCAUCUGAGAUCUAUAUCUUAUGAUAUAGAUCUGUUGUUCUGAAGAAGAGAUUUAUUUCCCCAGCUCUCUUGUUUUGAAGCUCUCUAUCAUCCAGCAGUGUUCUAAUGGAAAACCUUUUAAUUCCUUGGUUGCCUAAUGUCAUGAAUAACAUCCUCCUUUCCUCAGCACAGAGUGGCCAAUUCAUCAAGACAUGCUGUACAGACUCCACAGUUGCCGUCUCUAUGCUUCCCAACUAGCACUAGCCCACUUGCUAGGCCACAAUGUCCCAACCUUAGUCUUGUGAAUUUGAGCUAAUCUCUUCUAGGAAUAUUCACUGUUGCCAGAUUUAACCAAUGGCUGGAUGUUAUAUAGCUUUCCUCUUCCCACUCUUGCUGCGAUUGAUGAACCAGAUUCUCAUUGAUGAUGCUGCACCAAACAGCGCAUGUACGCCUACACCUAUCUCUGCCUAAACUUGCCUUAGCUACCCUAUCUGCCACCUCAGUGAAGACACUACUUGCAUUGAGAAGCUUUAAUCUAAAAUUUAAAACAAUUGUACAAUGCAAUUAAUUUUAUCCUGACAGUGAAAAUGAAUCAAAGGUCGUAUUGUGGUUAGUGUAUUAUCUGAGUCAAAGAUAAAUCUUGAUGCUCAUGAAGGGAAGUCUGUUGUUUAUAUGUGUCAUUCAUUAAAUGAAGGACUCUGUUCAACUGGUGCU